AUGAUUCUUACGAGUCCGUACGCUAGCGGCAUCGGGAAUUUGUCCUUCAUCAUUCCAGACACCUCCAUCGCGCUGCAUUUCUCGGACGUCCUUGAGAAAAUAAUUAUGGAGGUCCGGACCCAACGCUCAUCAACAAUAUCGCUUUGCAAUGGCCGGCUGCUGAAGGGCCUACGUGUCGCAGUUUCAUCUGAACAGGCAACCACGCUCCAUGAAGGCAAGUUCAUGUCCUUUGACGGCAUCAUCUGCGUCUCAGAUGUAGAAGCUCCACCCAUUGCCCGGACUUCCCAGGAAUCGGAGGCUGAGACUGCGAAGCUUACGCUAGGGAAGCUCGAGCGGUCCAUCGAGAACUGA